AUGCAAGAAGAAUCCAUGAAAACGAGUACUCCUCAGAACUCCAAUGAGUCUGAACCAGAAAAUAUUAUCCCACCAUUUCCAUCAGAAACCAAGGAAGUUCACAGCCCAGAGAAGCCAUUUUCUGUUGAAGAAACAAAGAGCAAAUCUGAAAAAGAAAACCAAUCCAAUGAAACAGAAACAACGCCCCAAGAUUCUUCACUAAGCAUGCAAAUGAAGUUGAAGGAUACAUGUACUGAGCCUGUGGUAGAAGAUAGUGGACGUGAGAGACUAAAGAGACAUCGGGUCGAGGUUGCCGGUCAGGUUCGGAUCCCGGAUAUAUGGGGACAGGAAGAUUUACUCAAGGAUUGGGCUGAUUGCACUGCGUUUGAUGCCUCAUUGAUGAAUAACAAUAUCAUGUCCGCUCGAGCUUCUUUGGUUAAAGAAGGAAGAACAAAUUCCGGCAGAUUGAGAAUAGGGAAGUUGGACAGGGAAGGUACGAUGAAUAGACAUGAUUGA